CGCAGCGACCGAAAUUAUAAUUCUUGCUCUGAAGCCACCACCGGGAUUGCUUGGGUCGGUUCGUCGGGGCGGGCCGGCGGGGCAAGCGAAUUUGCGCUCGUACCGCCGAUCUCGAAGCUUCGGUCCCUCGGAGAUCGCCUCUGCUGCGUCCGCCAUGGCGAACAGCUCCUACGGCUCGAGGGAAGGGCUGACAGUCAGGCCUGCUGCAUCAUCAAGCUCCAGCGAGAUUUCGCUCCAGAUCGACGCUAUCAAUGCUGAUUUGGAUGAUCAUAUCCUCGGACUUCGUGGACAAGUCCGCAAGCUAAGAGGAGUUGCUCAGGAGAUCCAAUCAGAGGCCAAGUAUCAAAAUGAUUUCAUAUCUCAGCUGGUUGUCCUUGUGCAGCCAUAUUAUGUUAAAAUUCCACAGAAUAGUUGCUUCUCAAAACAAAAGAGGGAACUGGAAUUCAAAUGACUCUGACAAAGGCCCAGGCUGGGGUCAAGAACAACAUGAGGCGAAUGAACAAGAGCAUCAUACAGAACGGUUCAAACCAUCUUGUUCAUGUGGUCCUGUUUGCCCUUGGCUGCUUCUUUCUGGUGUACCUUGUGUCCAAAUUCUCCCGGAGAUGAAAUACCAGCUCUUUGUACCUGAUUGACAAUACGGCACAACAUGUUGGUAGUUGUUUGACACGGCAUUUGUUCUUCUGUAUGUUGUGCAUAAAUUUGGGGUUAUGUUGAUAUGCCGACUUGGGUGUUGUUUCGUGUUUGCUGGAGGCAAUCUCAUAUAUCUGAAUGAUUGAAUUUAUACGGACGUCUGUAUUGAUAAAGUACCUUUUUCCCUGCU